AUGACGACGCCACGUAAAGGCAAAGUCCCAGCCCGAGCAAACAGACCUAAGCGCAAGCUCGAGGACUCCGACCCUGCCACCACUCCAUCUAGACGGUCUAAGAGACAAGAGCGAACGUCAACCGAGGACGAUUCGGAUGAGAUAGUUACAGAAAGCCGAAGACGCUCCUUCGGUGCUAAAGGCCCAAGAAAGGAAGCUCAGGCAAAGCGUUCUCCUGCUCCUCCACGGCCAAAUCCCGCCUUCGCUGCUAUGUAUUCCUUCACUUCAGCGAGACCUAAAGCCAAUGGCGUGAUCGAUCUUACGGGCACUCCAAGCCCGGAGAAGAGAAAGCCCUCCUUCUCUACUCAGAGUCCCAGGAACUUCGCAUCUCAUCAAGGUCCGAGGAAGCUUGUGGUCAAAAACUUGAGGACGACACCGAAAGUCGAUCCGCAGCAGUAUUUAGACAAGGUGUGGCAGCAAGAAGAAACGUCUCUGAGUGCCAUAUUUCGCAGUGAGAAAGAGCCAUACUCGCUGGAAGAGCUUUACAAGGGUGCAGAGAACGUGUGCCGGCAAGGCAAGGCACCAGACCUGUAUCACCGGCUCCAGACGAAGCUCACGGACCAUCUUGCCAACAUUGUGCGGCACCGGCUGAGACUACUGGCAAAGACAGCUUCUGAUGUUGACCUGCUGAAAGCUUUCGUCCAUGAAUGGCAUACGUGGAAGAAGCAAUUGCUUACCGUUCGUCAGAUUUUCUACUACAUGGAUCAAUCAUAUCUGCUGAGGUCAGAACAUCCGAGUGUUACUGAUGCAGGCUAUCAAUUGUUCCGCGAACUUGUCUUUACAUAUGACGGUGUAUACGAGAAGGUGCUCGCUGGAACCACUGCGCUCAUUGAUGGAGAUCGUGAUGACCAAAGCGCGGGCAAAAAUAAUGAGUUGCUUCAGCACUCCAUCGACCUUUUCCAGGAACUAGGAGUGUACUCGACAGAUUUUGGACCUGCAUUUAGAACGUCUUCGGAGAAAUACUUUCGGAAUUGGCGGGCCAUACAGCCCGGCAACGACGAGCUUGCACGCUAUGCCACAAACUGUACGAUUCUACUCGCUGUCGAGAUGAAGAGGUGUGAAGUUCUGGAGUUGGAUCGGACUACCAAAAACACACUCUCGGAUCUUUUCGAUGCAAUAUUUGUGGAAGAACAAGUGGACCUGCUGACGGACGAGGACAUGGUUAUGGACAUGCUUGAAGGUGACAUGACAGAAGAGCUGGAUCAGACUUACACUCUUCUUGAGCGAAAACAUCUUGGAGGCAAUCUUGGUCCCAUAUUCAACAAGUAUGUUGAUACCGAAGGGAGUUUCAUUGUCUUUGACGAGAAGAACGAAGCCGACAUGGUCAUUAAUCUCCUCGCAUUCAAGAAACGCCUGGACACGUUCUUGGACGUCUCAUUUCAUAAAAACGACACCCUUGGCAACGGAUUGCAUAAGUCAUUCGAGGCAUUCAUGAACAAGACGAAGAAGACUCAAUCAAAUUGGGACACUGAUAAUGCUAAGCCGGGUGAAAUGAUCGCCAAACACAUCGACUUGCUGCUCAAAGGUGGAGUCAAGGCGGUGCCUAAACUCGCACAGCAAGAGAAGGACAGUUCCCAACCAGAAGAAGAGCAUGACUUUGACGAAGACGACGGAGAUCAAGAGCUCAAACAGAUCAACCACCAUCUGUCCAACGCCCUUGAUCUGUUCCGCUUUGUGCACGGAAAAGCCGUUUUCGAAGCAUUCUACAAGAAGGACCUGGCUCGUCGUUUGCUCAUGGGUCGAUCGGCUUCGUUUGACGCGGAGCGCAGCAUGCUGACCCGGCUCAAGAACGAAUGUGGUCAGUCUUUUACCCACAACUUGGAGUCUAUGUUCAAGGACAUGGAUCUUGCUCGAGAGGAGAUGAUGUCGUACCGACAGCUACAGGAUGACCGUGGCGAAAAGCUCUCGGGCCCCGACCUUUCGGUCAACGUCCUCUCGGCGGCGGCGUGGCCUACUUACCCCGAUGUGCCCGUCAAUAUCCCACAGAAUAUCGCCCAGGUAAUGACCAAGUUCGAGGGCCACUAUCACAAUAAGCACUCAGGACGUAAACUCACCUGGAAGCAUGCUUUGGCUCACUGUCAACUACGCGCCAGUUUCAAUAAGGGACGCAAGGAGCUCGUCGUGUCUGGUUUCCAAGCCAUCGUUCUACUUCUCUUCAACGACGUCGCCUCGACAGAGACCAUAACUUACCGUGAGCUCUCCUCUGCAACCGGCCUGUCUGACGCCGAGCUGAAGCGCACGCUUCAAUCCCUUGCAUGCGGCAUGUAUCGAGUUCUCACCAAGUCACCCAAAGGCCGCGACGUCAACGACACAGAUACCUUCGCCUUCAACUCUAGGUUCGAGCAUCCAAAGAUGCGCAUCAAGAUCAACCAGGUUCAGCUGAAGGAGACGAAAGAGGAAAACAAGGAGACGCAUCAACGCGUAGCGGCGGAUCGGCACUAUGAAACCCAGGCAGCGAUAGUACGCAUCAUGAAGAGCCGCAAGACCAUUGGCCACAAUGAAUUGAUUGUCGAGGUCAUCAAGGCCACAAGGAGUCGCGGCGUGUUGGACCAGGUCGAUAUCAGGCGGAACAUUGAAAAGCUCAUUGAGAAGGAAUACAUGGAGCGCGAGGAGGGCAACAAGUAUUCUUACAUGGCUUGA